UUGUCGCGAAUGACGAUGACGAGUCAGUCGGUCGGCCAUCUAACCCGAUCUCGCUCGUUGAGUCGGUAGAUUAUAUUUAUUUAUAAGUAGCGCGUUGCCAGUGGCAAACGCGACAUCAAUCACCGCGUAAUGACCCUGUGACGUGAUAAUAUGAAUAGGGACUCACAAGAUACUUCAGCGGAAGCCGCCUCAGCUAACGCGGCGGUCCACGUGGAUCAAUAUGAUGGAUCAGACAUGGAACAUUCAAAACUUCUGUAUCCACAAUCGCCCACACCGACCGUAACGCCAUCUGGUCAGAUGCGAAAGGUGAAAAGCUUUACCGAUACGCAUCGCAUUCGAGACGUCAACGCUGCGUCAGGUGCAGCGUCUGCAAGAAGCCUUCGCCCUUAUGACCAAGUGACCACGUACCCUGAGGGUUCCGAUGCCGGUACCAAUCAAUAUGCCCCAUCCGUCCGAUCCCUUGCCUCUAUCGGCAUGGGUUGCACGGAUGGGCGGAAAAUGGUAAUAAGACGCGUUCCAACUUCACCAACUGAACUAUUUCAUCUUGUUCGUCCUCCUACGCCACCGGAUGAAGACACUGCGUCACACGAAAGUGAUUGCGGAGAAGAAGAGGAAGAUGCCGAAACCGUCCACUUGAAGCCGAGAAGACCGUUUUGGGCGAACAAAAUUCAAUUUGUUUUGGCAUGUGUGGGUUACUCUGUAGGGUUGGGUAACGUGUGGCGCUUUCCAUAUCUUUGUUAUAAAAGUGGAGGAGGUGCUUUUCUCAUUCCAUACUUCAUAAUACUCCUGGUGUGUGGUGUGCCCAUGUUGUUUAUGGAAUUAGCAAUUGGCCAAUAUACAGCACACGGGCCUAUCGGUGCCCUCUCACAAAUAUGCCCAUUGUUUAAAGGUGCUGGCCUCGCAAGUGUAGUAAUCUCGUUUUUAAUGUCCACGUAUUAUGCAGUUAUAAUUGCAUGGGCAAUAUAUUAUUUCUUCACAUCAUUUAAAUCUGAAGUACCCUGGGCAACAUGUUCAAAUCGAUGGAACACACCUUACUGUUGGAUUCCAAAUCACAACAUAACUAAACCGAAUGGAUCACAGACACCUACCGAACAAUUCUUCGAGAAAAAAGUACUAAAUAUGAGCGAAGGUAUAGAAUACCCCGGGAGCAUGCGGUGGGAACUGGCUGCUUGUUUAGUUUGUGCUUGGUUACUUGUCUACUUUGCCCUGUGGAAAAGCAUAAAAUCUUCGGCAAAAGUACGAUAUAUAACGACGACGUUGCCUUUCCUACUCAUAAUAGUAUUUCUUGGCCGUUCUCUAACUCUCGAAGGCGCCGAUCAAGGGUUAAGAUUCUUUUUCAAGCCAGAUUGGGAAUUAUUGAAACAAUCAAGGCCAUGGGUAAAUGCAGCAUCACAAAUCUUCAAUUCCAUAGGAAUUGCCUUCGGAUCUAUGAUCAUGUUUGCUUCGUACAACCGCUUCGAUAAUAACUUUCUACACGAUACACUGGCCGUAUCGCUAGUCAAUGCAGUAACAAGUCUUAUUGUUGGGAUAUUUACAUUCGCUACCAUAGGAAACAUUGCAACUGAACAAAAUACAAGCGUUAAAGAUGUUAUUGCUGACAGUCCCGGACUUAUUUUUGUGGUAUACCCACAAGCUAUUGCAAAGAUGCCAGCUCCUCAGCUAUGGGCCGUUUUAUUUUUCUUCAUGUUUCUAUGUCUUGGAUUAAACAGUCAGUUCGCCAUUGUCGAGGUAGUUGUUACUUCCAUUCAAGAUGGUUUUCCUGAUAUGAUACGAAGACGACUCGUGUAUCACGAGCUGUUAGUGCUACUAGUGUGCGGCAUAUCUUUGGUCUUUGGUUUGCCGCAUAUAAUACAGAGCGGUAUAUACUUAUUCCAGUUGAUGGAUUACUAUGCGGCAUCUCUUAGCAUAACAUAUCUCGCUUUCUUUGAAGUAGUAGCCAUUGCAUGGUUUUAUGGCGUUGAAAGACUAUCCCGGAACAUAAAGCAAAUGACAGGUCAGCGGCCAUCUUUAUACUUCCGUUUCUGUUGGCUAAUAGCGGCUCCUGCCCUGCUAUUAGCACUCUGGGUAGCAAGUUUAGUUGACUACACUCCACCCAGUUACCGACAGUACCAAUAUCCUGCAUGGGCGCAAGCGCUAGGCUGGAUCAUCGCCUCACUUUCCUUGUUAUGCAUACCAGGAUAUGCACUUAUUGUUAUAAUAAGAUCACCGGGGAAAACAAUUGGAGAAAAACUACGUAAUUCAAUUCGCCCCACAUUUAUGUGCGAUUGUGGCGUCAACGGUUGUGAUAUAUGCUGCUCGGAAUCUGAACCUCCCGAUGAUAAAACAACUAUCAGCUAGUCUUCAAACUACAUUUACCUAAAUUUAUUAACUUCUAUAAGUGUUAUAAUUAGCCUAUUAUAGUUAAGCGGGUGUUCACACCAACACUUGUGAUAUCAAAAAUAAACAAGACGAAGGUGAUAAACCGAACAUUCCUCCAUCAUAAUUAUCAUUCAUUUUGUAAUGAGAUAGAGAUCACACUUGACCUCAAACUAUAGUGUUUGCUUUGUAACAGUGACAUAGUUAAAUGCACUCGAAUUGAAGGGUUAGAAGGUACUCUAACGUACCAUUUUGAAGGAUCUGUAAAUAUAUAGUAACUUAUUCUAUUUUUGUAACAUUGAAUGGAAAAUCAAUUACGACCAAUGAAAAAAAAAACAUAAAUACAGGUAGUUUUAGAAAGAAAUAUAAAUGAAUGCCAAUGUCACUUGAAUUACCACUGCAUGAUAUAUUGUAAGUUAAUUUUAAGAUAUUUUUAGCAUUUGCUAUAUUCAAAUUUGGGACUACUUACUACAAUAAAUUAUUUGAGAAAUUAUAAUUUUUCAGACAUAUAACUAAAUAAAGGUAAUACUCACAAGAUUUGAUAUAAAGGUAUUUAUAUCUUUAUAUACAUAAAUAAAAUUAUGUGAAUAACCAAUUGACUUACUGUAAUUUUUGUAUGUCAAUGGAGUAACUGCCAACAUUUGUUUAUAACGGUAGGAAUUAAAAUAUUCUGUGAUUUUAAGCAUUCCAUGUAACAUUCUUAAAGCUAGAUUUAAUAUGAUUAGUGUAAGUAUUUAUUCUUACUAUGGUAAAACCAUAAAUAUGUAUCUGUACUCAAUUGGAAUGUUUAUUGAUCCUAUUUAUGAAUCAUUCAUAAUUUAAUUAAAGAAUGAACACAUACAAUUUGGAGUUUAAUAAUUUGAUUUUGUGUCCAAUCAACAAUAAGUCUGUUAAUUAGUUAAAAGUGAAAAAUAAAAUAAAUACAAACAUA